AUGGCCGGAGGAAAAUUCAAGAAGCCCCAGCGCGGAGGUGGCAGAACCUUCUCUCGUCGCAUCGAAGCCGUCCACACCAACAACGCCUACCGUGACAGAAAGGAGUCCGGGGAUGAGUCGUCGUCUGCUGAGGAAUCGUCUGAGGCCAGCGACUCCGAAGAGGAGUCUUCUGAGGAGGAGGAUAUCGUCGCCAAGAGGAAGCCCGCCCCCACUGCUGCUCCCGCCAGCGAUAUCUCCAACCCCAACCGUGCUUCUGGAAACAGGGUCAUGAAGGCUUCGGACCUCACCACCCCUAUUGAGAUGUCUCGCAAGGAAAGGGAGGCUGCUGAGAAGGAGGCUGCGAAGCAAAAGUACUGGAAGUUGCACCAGGAGGGCAAGACUGAUCAGGCCAAGUCCGAUAUGGCACGUUUGGCCGUUAUCCGUCAGAAGCGUGAGGAGGCUGCUGCCCAGCGUUUGGCCGAAGCCCAAGCAAGAGAUGAGGCUGCUGCGGCCAAGGCUGAGUCCCGCAAGCGCUAA